AUGUACUCCCGCCUGGCUAGCGCGGCAGCAGCAUCGGCAAUCACAACAACAACACAACCAACAACAACUAUCUCGAGAGCAGCAGGCCAUCUUCUGAGCCGUUUUGCUUGGGGCCUAGACCGAUGGCAUCAGCAAUCCGGGCUCAGCAGAUCGCAUCACUUUGGCCCUUCUCUCUCAGCUUCCGGAACCGAGGUCAGAGAAGUCUGUCAAGGGAACAGAGCAAGGCGGGUUCUAGAACUCGCUGGAGGCAGAAAAUGGGUAUGA